GUUUGUCGUUUGUUUAUGUUUGGUCCGCGUUCGAUUGUCUGUCUCGAGUGAACUUUAGUGCCCAGAAUAAUCUCUUGUGGUUAUAUCAUCGUGAACAGCUCAUUUGGACUGGAGUUUUCGUUGGCAAGGUCAGUGUGUUGAGUCGAAUUACCUAACCAGGUAGCUGAUUAAAAGCUUGAAGCAUCAUAUAUUUUCUCUCUAAGCUGCGACAUCUUGGGACUAAUUUUGGUAUCGAGUAUGACUAUCACUCUACAAGACAUCGUCAACGAAAUUAGAAAUCUCAAAGCAGAUCUGAAUACUAAGAUAGAUGGCGUUAAGGAAGACAUCUCUGAUCUAGGAAGCAAACUAAGCAAUAAGGUCAGCGAACUAGAGGCUCGAGUAAACAGAAUCGAAACUGACAACGCUGAACUGAAAACUAGGUUACUGCAAGCAGAACGAAAGCUGAAGAGUAGAAAUCUAAUAUUCUAUGGUUUGCGAGAAAAUGAGAAUGAGGACAAGAGAGAUCUGCUUAAAACGGUUUCUGCUAUAAUCUCGAACGAACUUAAAGUUAACUUCCAGUCUAUAGAAAUCAUUGAUCUGUAUCGACUUGGAAAGAAAACUAUCAAACCAAGACCUGUCCUCGUUGCAUUACUCUCUGGUUUUCUUCGGGAUGAUGUAAAUUUAUGA